UUAUGAUAGGACCAACAGUAACUAUAGGUCUAUGUAUGUUUGGUGUAACAGUGACAUGUUUAUGUGAAUCUACACUUUCACAAUUAUUGGAUAGCUUAAUUAAAUAAUGGCUGAUUUUUGUAAAAUUGCUGAGUUUUCCUUAACAGGAGGUCCCUUCAACCCCCAUGUUAUAAUAAACAAUGCUGCUGCCAAUGUCAUUGGAUCCUUGGUGUUUGGGAAGCGAUUCGACUACGAUGACAUUGAUUUCCAGAACCUUCUGCAACUUAGCCAAGAAUCUAUUCUACUGGCAGGCACACCGCUUGCUCAGAUGUAUGACAUAUUCCCAUGGCUCUUCAAAUGUUUACCUGGCCCCCACAACAUCAUCUUCUCCAACUAUGCCAGGCUCAUAUUCUUCCUGAGAAAGGAAAUAGAGAAACACAAGAGGGACUGGGACCCUUUUAACCACAGGGACUUUAUUGACACUUACAUUGCAGAAAUAGACAAGAGAAAGAAUGACAUUGAGGCUGGGUUUAACUCAGAAAACUUGGCAUUCUGUACUCUGGACUUGUUUGAGGCUGGAACGGAGACUGUCACCAACACCUUGCGCUUUGCUCUACUUUACAUGAUGAAAUACUCAGAAGUGCAGGAGAAGGUCCAGGACGAGAUAGAGCGUGUGAUUGGACUGUCUCGCCCGCCUUGCAUGACUGACAAAAUCAACAUGCCAUACACUGAGGCUGUCAUUCAUGAGACGCUAAGAGUGGCUAACUUAAUCCCGCUCAAUAUAAGCAGGAUGGCUAGCAAAGACACUACUGUGGGAGGAUAUUUUAUUCCGCAGGGAACUGUGCUGAACACCAACCUUUCAUCAGUGCUCAAUGAUAAGACAGAAUGGGAGAAACCAGACAUGUUUUACCCCCAGCACUUUCUGAAUGAGCAUGGGCAUUUCUUUAAAAGGCAGGCCUUUUUCCCUUUCUCUGCAGGAAAGAGGAUGUGUCUAGGAGAGCAACUUGCUCAUAUGGAACUCUUCCUCUUUUUCACCUCCCUUCUCCAGAGGUUUACUAUCUCUCCAGCUCCUGGAGAACAGCCCAUCUUGGAGCCACAGGGAUCUGCCAUCUUGUCCCCAAAACCAUUCAAAAUUUGUGUUACCUCAAGGUGACUGCCAACAAUGGAAUGUUGUAGUUUUUCAGUUUACUGUCAGUGAUGGGAUGUAUAUGUUUGGUUUCAACCAAAUAUGUUGUUUUUUUUGUUUCGCAAAUCGAUUGGGAUCCUUCACUUUGAGUUUAGGAUAGUUUAUCAGGCUAAACAGCACCAUUACUUAUUGUCAACUGUAUACUGUCUAAUACUUUGUGUACUGUGUAUCUAGUUUGACUUUAAACUGGACAUUCAUAACAUAAUUGUGACAGAAAAACUUACAACAUGGUUUAGAUAUUGAGUUUAUAUCAUGCAAAUGUAUUUCCCAAUAGCUACUAAUUGGCAGCAUACAGCAUAAAGGUUGUCUACCAUAAAGGUACUUGCUAUUUAUCAUUACAGUAACUGAAUAUGCAACACGCAUUACCCCAUAAAGGACACACAGUUUGAGGUUUCUGUACUACAGUAAUUUAAUGCUACUCU